UAACUAUUACAAUAUGUUUUUUUUGUUUUGCUGUUUCAUUUACUUUGAUUUACUGUUAAUUUAAAAGGUUGCUAAUUUUCCUUACAUUUCUAUAAUGAUUAAAUUUAUUGCAGAAAAUGGAAAUAGGAAAUAAGGUUUACCUAAAUAACAUUGACCAGAUAGAUGAAAAAUCGCAUAUCAAGGUUCAGGUGCUUAAAAUUUGGAACUUUGUCAGAAAUAAUAAAGUUUGUUCCAUUGAAAUGAUCAUCAUGGAUGAGGAGGGUACACAAUACCAAGCUCGUGUCUUCAAUCAGAAUUUCUCCAGAUUUCGUCAUCUUUUAAAGGAAGAUGAAAGUUAUAUAGUUAUAAAACCCAAUAUGGCUGCUGUUACUAAUGGUCUUGGUGAAGCUAAAAGUCAUUUUGAAGUAACGAAAUUGUUCAUAAAUUCUGAUAUUUAUGAAAUAAAUGAGUUUAAAAAUAAGUUGAAAUGUCAUGACAAUUUCGGUAUAACUGAAAAAAGCAUAACUACACUUCAAAGCUACUCUUCUUCAUAUACAGAUGACUUUAAGGGCAAUUUUCCAUUAAGAACAAUCUGUGAGAUCACCGAACCAAUUAAGGAAAUGAAGUUUUUAUUAGUUGCUUCCAUUGUUAAUAUAAGGCAGAAUCUACCAUGGUAUUAUGAAGCAUGCAAAAAAUGUGGAAAAAAAGUUAUCCCUGUUCCCAAAACCAAUCAUUCGUAUACCAACCCUGAGGGAAUUUCCGAAACUAUGGUUGUCGAGUGUACAAAUGCACAAUGCAAAAAAUCUGAAUUUCAGUAUAUAAUUCCAAUUAACGUACAAGAUUGUACUGGAACCAUUGGAUUGACUCUUUUUGAUAGGGAAGCAAGCAGGUUGUUAAAUAUAAGUGUCUACGAGUUGAAAAAGAUACAUGAUGCGGCCGGAGACAGUGAUGCCCUAUUUCCAAUGCAACUUAAUGUGUUGAAAAACCGCAAGUUUGGUUUUGUUGUAGAUAUUACAGAAUACAAUGUCAACAACUAUAAUAACAUCUACACAGUUCUCAUAGUUACAGAAGAUAUGUCCAUUGUUUGUGAAUUGGAAAGUAAAAUAGAACUUAUGAGUAAUCAAUCUGUCGCCUUAAAUCAAGUUGCUUUGGAAUCCGAUGAUGUUGUACAGCCUGUUUAA